UUGUACUAUUUAUGUUUGAAGAUGAAGAUGAUAUAAAGACUUAGCUGGACUUUGAACAAGCUGUGUAAAGUGAAGAAUAGAAAAAUAAAAAUGAAGACUUGGCUGUAUGGGCUUUUGACCCCUUUGCCUGUCCAGAUGGACGAACAGAACCGAAAAAAAAAGGUCUAUGCCCUAUGGAUCUAAAUUACUUCUGUGCCGCAGCCAAACAAAUAGUAAUUAUUGCUGAUUUUGAGCUCUUAUUAUUGUAAUUUUUAUCGUGUUUUUGGAAACUUAAGUUUAAUUAUGUCGCGUGAUAUUCGUUAUCACCCGCGUAGUAACUAUCGGCCAGAUCCAUAUAGACAUCAGCAUCUCCCUCCGGCAAGGAAGAGAAGCCGUAGUCCAGUACGCGAGAUUAUACAGCGUAGCAGGUCGCCGAGGAUUCACGAUAAGAACAAUGUCAUUGAUGAUAAUAUUUUGAGUGAAAUAUCGAAACUACCGGAACCAAGUGAGCUUUGGGACAAUCAGAUUCAACCUGAGGAUUACGACGCUCUGCCUCCUAACUUCCAAAUGGAUGGAUCAGCGUAUCAGAAUUUCCAACCCUCAUACCCUGGAGGGUACAAUGAUUUUUCAUCUGCACCUCCAGUUGUGGUGCCAGAUGUCAGCAGCUGGAACCAGAUGUCACUUCCUCCCCCACCCAUUCCACAAGUGCUAAGUGUCGAAGAUCAAAUCAAAAAAGAAGCUGCCAUUGAAUCGGAAAUGAGACAUCAGAAAGCUGCAUUGUCGAAACAAAGAGAAGACUACUUAAAGAAAACUGCUGUUUUAAAGAAAGAACUGGAUACACUUAAGGAUCAGAGAAAUGAGUUGCGUGGUGAUGCUAAACGUUCCCCUAGCCCGGAUACCAAGAGGUUCCUUAAAGAGAACACAAAGUUACAGUUGGAGAUUCAGAAUAAGUUGAAAACAAUCAGUAAUGUGGUGGACAUGUUAAAUGGCAUCAUUGGAGAAGAAGCUGCAGUGUUACCUGAAGUAGAUGAUUCGGUAUCAGAGCGCACUUCUAAACGAAAAUCCAGGUCACCAGCCAACAAGAAGUUCAACUAUGUCUACUACGAUCCUGAAAUGCACUGGUGUCGAGUCUGCAUCGAGUUUCCUCCCACUGCUAAGGAUUACUUGAACCACUUGCAUUCCCCAUCACACCACAAAAAUGCGGCAGCACAUAUGGAAGCACCAUGGCACUCUGUGACUGGAGCUAAUGAAGGUUUCCCCAACUACCCGUCAGCUCCAACCAAGCGCACACCUAUCAAAGGUUUGCAAUUUUUCGUGCCAUCUACGGCAUGGUACUGCAAGCUGUGUGACCAGUUCAUAGGAGACCUGCACUGUGCAUCUGCUCACCUCAAGUCUCUUGUGCACGCCCGAAAUUAUUCAAACUUUGUGGAGCAGAACCCUCACUGGGAGACGGACUGGAUGUCGGACCGGCAAAAGUCCUUCGAGAAAGCUCGAGCAAAUAAAAAGGAGAAGGUGCAAUACACCGCGCACACGAUCACCUUCAGUAAGGAUGGCUUCCACACCAGUCGCAAGACUCCAUCCAGAGAGGAAGAUGAAGGAAAGAAGAAAGACAAAAAGAAGAAGAAGAAGCGAAACAGCAGUAGCAGCAGCAGUCGCUCAAGUAGUUCUAGUACAACUAGUGAGCCACAGAAGAAGAAAAAGAAGAGCAAGAAAGAGAAAGUCAAGAAUGAUGUGGAAGAGCAGCGGAUCAAGGAGUGGAUGUCGUCCGUGCACGCUGACCGGUUCACCGAGGCGGACAGGAAGCUGCUCGAGAACCUCAAGUCCAGAAUGAAACGCGAGGAAGCGGAGGAGGUCGCGGACGAAAGUCGCCGCGAGCGUGAGCGACCUGUCAAGCGACACCAGGUGGAGCCACGACGCGGGUCAAGAACCCGGGACGAGCGACCGCGCAGCUUUGUCGACAGUAGGCGGCGUGACGUAAGGCGGGACGAACGACGUGACGUGCGCCGAGACGAGCGGCGUGACGACCGACGCGACGACCAACGUGAAGACCAGCGGGACGGCGGACGCAGUGACAGACGUGAAGAGCGACGUGACGAGCGACGGGACACGAGACGCGACUCUACACCCCCGAGUGACGUCAAGAAACCAGAGAUUAGAAAGAUGCCAUUUAUAGGUAAAAUGCCAGUGUUCAAACUCAUGGGCAAGGGAAAAUCUGAAGAACAGAAAAAAGAGGAAGAGAAAAAGAAGGAAGAAGAGGAGUUGCAGAAGAAAAAGCGGGAGACUGACGCUGAGAUACAAAAGAAGGUUGCAGAGUUUAAGGAGAAGAUAGCUCGUUCGCAGCUAGAGCGGCAGCAAAACGAGCAGCAGCAGCAACUGAUGACGUCAGCGCUGCUGCCCGCCGCCUUCCUCGUACAGCCACCCGCCACCGUGCCCGCGCCCGCCGCGCCCCCCGCCCCGCCAGGCACGCAGCCGCCGCCAGUGAACCUGCCCAAGGACUUCCAAGAUGCCCUGGACAUCAUAUUCCCAACUGACGUCAAGCCAGACAUGAAUCAUCAACAAGAGAUGUUCCCGGGGCUCGCGUUCCCCGGACUCGGACUGUUUCCACAGGUGCCCCAGGUAGCCCAAGUCCCGCAGGUGCCCCAGAUGGCUCAAGUCCCGCAAGUACCCCAGAUGAGCAUCCUGGGCCAGCCGCCCUUCCUGACGGGCUUCGAUCUGAACCACCCGCUGUUCCCGCAUCACCUCUACGACUCCCGGAACAUAGGCAACAACAGUAGCGGCAAUAACAACAACAGCCACAACAACAAACGGAAUAAAAAGCAGAACAACAAACCGGCACCUGCCAAGAAUAUGGAGACCAAGAACAAGAAGAUUAAAGCCGAAGAGGAUAAGAAGAAGGAGGAGAUGGAUGAUCUAGCGCUGCUUGGCAUCGACGCGUCCGACGUCGGCUCGGGCAUGUGAGCGAACGAGUGUAGUAAUGACUCGGGGCGCAGUGUAUACCUCCCUCACUACUUGUUGAAAUAUGAAAAUGUUCACAGAGACAUAGAUCAUCGAAUAGACUUACACACGACAGUCAUGUCAGAUAUGGAGGUAGAGAAGAAUAAAGAACCUAGUCGUAGUAGAGGCUGUCCUCCGAAAAUAAUACAUACAAUUGAUUAUUUCAGUGCAUGAUAGGUAUUAGCGGUGUGUCUUCCACAGCUCCCACGUCUUAAAGUGAAAUUAAAAGUGAAUGUGAAAUCUUCAUUUGACUACAUUGAUACUUAUUAUAAAAUGUUAAAUAAAACCGGUGCGUAACCGUGGUUCAAACCACUAGGUUCCAAUUCGGUGUUCAAUAAUUUUAUUUACAUGACACUCAACGAUGACUCUGGCGUUUAAGAUUUUAAAUCUUCAUUAGAUAAUCGUGACAGAAAAAAGUUAAGCAGUUGCAUGCGAAUAUGACAUCUAUUUUAAAUAAGCUAAAUCUGACUAUCGUGGAGUUAUUUGUUAGCCGCACCUUCCAGCGUCAAAUAGUCAAAUUUGUCUAAGUACUGCUUGAGAAAGUGAUAACAGCUGCAUACGAAUGCCACAACUGUUUCAAAGCUUUUAAAGAAAUAAACAUUUUGACUGUGACUUGAUAAUGCAUGUUCUUCUCAUCAUAAGUCAAUUUCCUAAUAUGCAAAUAUUGUGAUUGAGCAGGUUAUCAACUGUAAAGCAGAUCCUGUAGAUGAAGCCACAACCUGAGAGUUGAACAAAGCAUACAAGAUUUUAUGACUAUAUGUCAAUCGAACGCUUAGCUCAGUUGGUAGAGCACUGGCACGGAAUGCCAGAGGUCGUGGGUUUGAGUCCCGCAUCGUUUAUAAAUUAUGUUUUAAAAUUUUAUUUGUGUAUUAAGAAGUGAGGGUUAUCACUUUAAAAACAUAGUUUAGCUCACGUUCACGUAUAUUAUAAUAUACUAUUCUUAUUGAUACCACAGACUAGCAAUGGAGCGAUCGCCCUCAGGCUAUUUAAUUAAAUAUUUUAUUGUGCGAUAUUACAUAUUGUAUUGUCACGAAGGUUGAUAAAAGCCCGCUGAGUUUGUUGCGCCCGUCCCUCUAUCUUUGAGCGGCCAAUCUAGUGCUCUAAUUAGAUUGAUAGCUCGAAAAUGAAAGGGUAUUGAUUUUUACAUUUAAUAUUAUAACAUCUACAAAAACCAGUCUUAAUAAAACUUCCUUUUGGAACAACUAUUACAAUUAUAGUCGCCAAAGCCAUUCGCCAUUUAUAAUUUGUAGCCAAUUAUAUCUAUUAUUAUUUUCUAUCUGAGGUUUGACGACAUUGGUCCCCAUACUAGGUACGUUUUAGGGCAUUUCUAAUUGUUUAGAAUGUUGUUUGGUUAUUACUAUAUAGCCAGUUGGUUAAUAUAAAGCGUACUUUGAGCGAUAUACUGUAUAAAGUACAACAAGUAAUAUAGUACAAUUCUAAAACUUAGAGAUAUAUCUAUAUCGUAAGGACCACCGUAGGACUGAAGAUAUGCCAAUUUGGGAUAUUUUUUAUAAACGGAUCUAAUUAAUGGAAAAAGUUGACAAUAAUAAGAUUUCCACGUUCGUCACAAUCAUCAUGCUUGUGUUGUUUAUGUUAAGUUGUGCCAAACUAGUUAACAAUGUACAAGGGUUUUUUAUCUUGGAACAUAUUUGUGUUGCUAGGUUACUGUAUCUCGGGGAUAACGUGUUUUUUCGUGUUAACCCCCAGGUCCCAAUAUAUAUAAAUGCGGCGGGGAUUACUUACUCUCAACUUCGUUUUUUGUCCAUCUGUUUAUGUAUAUGAGAGUUAGCGAAAAUCAAAGAUUUUUUAAAAGUUAGUCUAUGCAAUAUUAUUUCAAAUUCUUUCAAUAAUUGUAAACAGCUUUGGUCUGUCACUACAUAUUCGCGUCUAUACGACAACGUAUUCUUAUUUUAAUUGUAUACCUACUCUGUUUGUAAUGGAUAAGAUGUUAUUAACUGAUAGCUGAUGAAAUUUGUAUUUUGAUACAAUAAAGAAAAUGAAAGUAC